CUUCCAUCUACCCAAUCUUAUCCUCACCGCUUCUUCGUCUCCUCCUCCUCCUCCUCCUCUCAAUGCCGCCACCAAUGCCUCUCUCCCCCUACCUAGCGGCGGUGUCGCUCCUUCUCGCUGCCGCAUUCUCCUCCGGGUGGACAUUGUAUGCCGCGGCGGAGCUUCCUCGCUUCCGCGAGGCCCCGGCAUUCCGCAACGGGCCCGGCUGCGCCUCCGCCCCGACCAUCCACAUCGCUAUGACCCUCGAUGCCACCUACCUCCGCGGCUCCCUCGCCGGUGUGCUCUCCAUCCUCCGCCAUUCCUCCUGCCCGGAAUCCAUCUCCUUCAACUUCCUCGCCACCCGCCCCCGCCGCUUCCGCCCCGCCGUGUCCGCCUCCUUCCCUUCCCUCAGCUUCGACGUGUACCGUUUCGACCCCGCCCUCGUCCGCGGCCGCAUCUCCUCCUCCGUCCGCCGCGCCCUCGACCAACCCCUCAACUACGCUCGCAUCUACCUCGCCGACAUUCUCCCCCGUUCCGUCCACCGCGUCAUCUACUUCGACUCCGACCUCGUCGUCGUCGACGACGUCGCCCGCCUCUGGGCCACCGACCUCUCCCCGGACCAUGUCCUCGCCGCCCCCGAGUACUGCCACGCCAACUUCACCUCCUACUUCACAGACCGCUUCUGGUCUGACCCGGUCUACCCCGACGCCCUCAACGACCGCCGCCGCUCGCCCUGCUACUUCAACACCGGGGUCAUGGUCAUGGACCUCGACCGAUGGCGCGCCGGCGGGUACACCCGGAAGUUGGAGGCCUGGAUGGAGGUGCAGAAGCGGGAGGCACGGAUCUACGAGCUUGGCUCGCUGCCGCCGUUCCUGCUGGUGUUCGCCGGCGAGGUCAAGGGGGUGGAGCACCGGUGGAACCAGCACGGUCUUGGGGGAGACAACGUCGAGGGUCUGUGCCGGGACCUCCACCCGGGCCCGGUGAGCCUGCUCCACUGGAGUGGCAAGGGGAAGCCGUGGCUCCGUCUCGACGCCGGCCGCCCGUGCCAGCUGGACGCGCUCUGGGCCCCCUACGACCUCCUCCGCCGCGACGGCCGAGACGACCUCUUCGCCGACAUCUAAUUCCCGCAACUCCUUCGCCUCCAGCGGCAGCGAUAUCUCACCGUUGCGAUCGGGUCGGCCCACGGGCACGGCUGUCUCCGAUCCGAGUUCCGUCAUCUCCUCGUGUCGGUCUGCGCGGGGCCCACCGGGAGGGGUGGGACAGCCAAUUGGCCCAGAAAAGGCAGAGCCAGUGACGUGGGGACGGAACAGCUGGCGACGGGGCCCGCUACGCGUACAAAGGACCGCGUCACAUCAGCGUUUUGGUGAUCAUCGACGCAUGGCGAACGAGUGGGGACAGGCAACAGCUGCGAAGCCUGCAGUGGAGGGACGACGGAUGGGUAUUCUCUUUAUGGGAGUGGAUGGAUUAGGACCAUACAUACAUGCGUUCGAGUGCUGGCUGCCGGUGGUGGUGGCAAGGAAUCUACUGACUUAAAAUUAGCUCUCGACAGCUGGUGUGAUGCUUUGCUCAACGAGGAAGAUUGUUCUUUACUUGUAGUCGUUCAUGGAAGAUAGAGCAUAAUGCAAGUUGCCGAGUUCUUUCUUCGA